UGAAUCGCAUACGAUUAUCUUUUUCGUCAUUCAUUUUCCAUUUACACCUUCAUUGAGCUACAAACCCUAUACAGACACAGAAAACACACAUAACCAAAGAGAUAAACAUGUCAGGUCUAGGCCAUAUUUCUCAAGAUUGGGAACCAGUCGUUAUCCGCAAGAAAGCACCCAACGCCGCCGCCAAGAAAGAUGAGAAAGCCGUCAACGCCGCUCGCCGUGCCGGCGCCGAUAUCGACACCGUCAAGAAACAUAAUGCUGCAACAAACAAAGCUGCAUCUAGCAGCACUUCAUUGAACACUAAGAGGCUGGACGAGGAUACUGAGAAUCUAGCUCAUGAUCGUGUACCAACUGAACUCAAGAAGGCUAUAAUGCAAGCUAGGAUGGACAAAAAGCUUACUCAGUCUCAGCUUGCUCAAAUCAUCAAUGAGAAGCCUCAAGUGAUCCAAGAGUAUGAGUCAGGGAAAGCCAUUCCAAACCAGCAGAUAAUUAGCAAGUUGGAGAGAGCACUUGGAGCUAAACUGCGUGGCAAGAAAUGAAGACCUAAUUUCAUGAUUGUGCGCUGGGUUUGCAUGUCACUCUUGAGGUGUUAUCAUGUUUGUCUUUGCUCGCUAAGUGUGUAUAUGUAAAACAUAUAAAUGACUCUGAGCCGUGAUUUUCACCUGUUGUUCGAAUAAGCGAAAUUGCAUUAACAGUAUGAACCCUCCUUUCAAGUGAUUUUCAAGGUACGAUUGCUUCAUAGAGAAAGUGAGUGCUGUGUUUAUCUUGGUUCAUUGGCCUGGUUUGCAGGGGACCCAAGUAAUGGUUGAACACCAAUGGACUUGGAAUCUUAAGUUUGAAAUUUGUAACUUAUUAUUACUUGAUUUGCUGAGUACUUGUCAUCUACAGCUUUAAGCUUUAACACUCCAUGAACCACCUUCACCAUCACUGUGGCUGUUAGAAGGGGGUGAAGAUGACGAAAGCAUAUUGUUCUCUGAA